UGGCUACCUUCAUAAUAGGGGAGGAGUUACAUAUACUGUAAGUUUCAUUUCGUCAGAAAUGUUUUUGUCGCAUUUUGUAGUUAACGGAGAGCAACGUUCUACUUCAGAUUUGACAGUAUAUGUACAGUUUUGCGAGGGCCAACAGUCAGGUGUCCUACGGUGACGGACAUGGAUACAACAGCUCUGAUCUACAAGGUCCUCUGUGCCCAUAAUGGGUCCUUUGAGCUGGGAGAAUUGCGUGCCAACAUUAGCACGAUGGAAGAUGACCUGGAAAGUGUUUUAGGGAAUCAGGAGAUGUUUACCAGGGCUGUCUCGAAGGGAAACAAACUGAUAGUUGCCAAGACGAAGAUGAGGUUAUGCAGAGCUAAUGGAUGUAGUGGCUGCAGCAAUUUACACCUGUGUAAGUUCUACCUGUAUGGAACAUGUCCAUCCAAUGAGAGACAAGGAUGCCGUCUCUGCCAUGAGCUGACGUCAGAGCACAACAUCAGAGUCCUGAGAGAGCACCACCUGGAGGAACUGGACAGGAAGGAGCUGUGUACAUUACUGCUGCAGAAUGACAACGCCCUUUUACCCCCAGUUUGCUUCACAUACAACAGAGGUAGUGGAGAGUACGGUUACUGUCCUGACAAAGGGAGCUGCAGAAGACUCCACGUCUGUGGGCGCUACAUUACAGGAACCUGUGCUGCAGAUGUGGACUGUGACAGGUCUCACGACUUCUACGAGCCCCACCCGCUCAACACCCUGCAGCAGAGGGGAGUACCUAAUGAACUGGUGGCAUCCAUGUUGUCCACCUACCGCAACAUCCAGGCAAUCGGGCAUACUAAUGAUGCUAGUAACACACUUUGCAAAAAAGACUCUGAUGACUGCCUGCUGAAAUCCAAAGCUUUACCCAGUCACUGGGAUAAAUCUUUAGUACCUGAAACUGGAUUCAAGAGGGUUGCUCUGCAGAGUUCCUCAGCUGAGCACAAGAAUAUUCUGGAUCUUUUCCACCAAACUAUGACUGGCUUCAGUGUGAAGACUAUUGAGAGGGUGCAGAAUCGGAUUCUGUGGGAGGUCUUUUCAUGGCAAGGAGAUGUGAUGAGAAAGGCAAAUGUAGGGAAAGGGAAUGAGAAGCAGCUCUUCCAUGGAACAGACUCUAAACACGUGGACGCUAUAUGCCUGCAGAACAUAGCCUGGAGGAUGGAUGGAACACAAGGAACGCCCUAUGGGCAAGGAAGCUACUUCUCUAAGGAUGCCAAGUUCUCCCACAGCUACACCAGCCAGUCAGGAGUCAGGUCCAUGUUUGUUUGUCGUGUGCUGGUGGGAAACUACACGCAAGGACACUCCAGCUACCUCUGCCCCCCUUCAAAAGAUGGAAGUCACACCAUCUCCUAUGACAGCUGUGUGGAUGAUAUCUACAACCCCUCUGUAUUUGUGGUGGUCGGGAAGCACCGAGUUUACCCAGAGUACCUCAUUCAGUACAGGGAAGGGUCCAGGCCUGGGACCUAUGUUCCACCACCUAACUUUGUCCAGAACCAGAGCCACCACAACAUGCACUGGACAUCUAUUCCAGUCAUGCUACGCUCACCAGCCACCCCUGUGCUGCCCAACAAUGCAAGGUUCAGAUCUCCUUGCCCAACAGGACAGAGAACCCCCAGACCUACCUUGACACAUGCUUCUGCACAGUUUGGCUCCCUGAACUCUGUGACACAUCCGUUGUUUCAGUCAGGUCUGAUGACUUAUGUCUCUCCUCCACCACCCUGGGUCGGCUCUAUGACCUCCAUACCACACGCACCUCCAUCAAGUACAAGAUCACAGUUUACUAAAAUGAAAGCAAAAAGUAAAUCUAUGGCAUCACUAGAUAAUCUAUAAGUCUUGGUAGUCAAUUUUUUCUUUUGAAAUUUAGGGGGAAAUUACCUUUUUAUGUAUAAAUAAAUUGUAUUUAUGAAA